CGCUCUUUCUUCUUCCUCUCACUCAUCUUUAUAUUCCGCAAAAAAAUUAAGAAAGGCGUGAGAAGAAGAUUUUGGGGGGAAAAUGGAAAAGGACUACAGCGGCGAAGGCGACGGUGAGGUCUCGGCGGUGGUGACGGAGCAGCAGCAGCCAAACUCCGAUGAAACUUAUCUCACCACUUAUCAUCUUGCCGCAACGCCUUCCGGCCUGACUCAGGACGAGUUCGACGAGUUGAGGGACUUAGUAGCGGAGUUCCACAUGUACAAACUCAGCCGCGGCCGGUGCUCCUCCUUACUGGCGCAGCGCGUGCAGGCGCCGCCGGAUACCGUGUGGUCCAUCGUACGGCGGUUCGACAAGCCGCAGAGUUACAAGCACUUCAUCAAGAGCUGUACGGUGAGCGAAGGAUUCACAAUGAAGCUAGGUUGUACGAGAGAGGUUAAUGUAAUCUCAGGCCUACCAGCGGAUACGAGUAAGGAGAGACUCGAUAUUCACGACGACGAGCGGCGCGUCAUCGGAUUCAGCAUCAUCGGCGGUGAGCACCGCCUCCGGAAUUACCGUUCGGUGACUUCGGUGCAUCAGUUGGAGCGGGACGGCAAGAUCUGGAGCGUGGUUUUGGAAUCGUACGCGGUGGAUGUUCCGCCGGGGAAUACGGAGGAGGAUGCUCGUUUGUUCGCGGAUACGGUUGUGAAACUGAAUCUACAGAAAUUGGCGUCCGUCGCCGAAGCGAUGAAUCGUGGAGAUAAUCGGUGAGUCAAGGGCACCAAGAGACAAGUGGGCUUGGAUUGCGGUGUACAAAGCUCCCGAAACGGCGUCGUUUAGUAAAUUUCUUCUCUUUUAUUUAUUUUAUUGUGUAAAAUAUUUCAAGAGUAUUUGAUCAUCGUGGAAUAAUUGUGAAAUUAAAAUUAUCAUAAAA